UAGUGGGAACGGGGUUUGGUUUAUGCUGAUUUAAAAGAGGAGUUUUAUUUAUUGCCUUAUAGUUCACUACAUAUAAGAUGGCUGCUCUUGAGAAACAUCCAGACCUGGGGCUCCAGCAGAACAGUCCAUCAGAUCCCAGCACCAGUCAGAAAAGUAAUUUCUCGGGGACUGACUGGAAAACACCGAUGUUGUCUGUGAAGUUCCAGAGCCGUGUCAGUCGCUGUUCCAGUGUGGCCGACAGCGGAGAUGGGGGCAUUGGGACCUCCUGCUCAAGCAGCACAGAAGACUUUUGCAAUUCCAGUAACAGUUCCUCAUUCCAGCCCAUCAAAACCCAAGUGACCAUCCCAACAGCCCAUGUUAUGCCUUCUACUCUGGGUGCCUCACCCUCCAAGCUGUGCUGUGCAGGAGACCAGAGCUGUUCGCAGAGUACUGCAAAAACUGCUGUGCCAGGAUCUGCUUCUGAACCGGCAGGACUCAUGAGAAACGCAGAUUUUAACGCCGGGAAGUCUACUCAGGUGCCAUCCAGAGAUCUCUUGCGUCUCUACGGGACUUCAGGGGAAAAUGGUUUUGAGCAAUCCUGGCAUCCUGUUUCUGAUCACAUGAGAACAGAAGACACUUGGAAGUUUGAUACCCCUGCCAUUGAACGCACCCUUAACCAGUCUCUCUUUGUGGAUAGCUCGUGCACUGACCCUCUCCACAGGUUCCAGAAGUUCAAUCCAAACUCUGGGACAGCUGAGACAGGAAAGGACCAUUAUAAGGUGCUGCCAGAGAGUAAGCAAGCGGCGGGGGCUAAUGGAGCCUCUGAGCCCCAGGAGGGAACGUGGCCGAGCGGGAGCAGACUGAUGCCAACAGGACUCCAGGCCAACAAUUUUUUUUCAAAACCUUUAACUCCUCCAUCUAGAGGCUGGAUGCAAGAAACCUGCACCCUCCAUCCGCACGAGAGGAUCUGCGAGCUCAGUGCUUGGAAACAACAGCUGGAGAAAGUGCAAUUGCAAAUAGAGCAAAUGCAGUUACAAAAUGGAGGCGCCUGCCACCAUCCCUCCAUUUAUUCUCCUUCGCUGCCUACACCUGAUCCAGCUCAGUGGAUCAAUAUCCUAAACGCCAAUGAAAACCAACUCAAGGAGAAAGAGCUCCUCAUUGACAGACAAAGACAACACAUAUCGCAGUUGGAGCAGAAGGUCCGGGAAAGUGAACUGCAGGUUCACAGUGCCCUGCUUGGCUGCCCAGCACCCUAUGGAGAUGUCUACAUGUUGAGAUUGCAGGAGCUUCAGAGGGAGAACACAUUUCUUCGAGCACAGUUCACAGAAAAGACUGAAUCCCUCAGUAAGGAAAAGAUUGAACUGGAGAGAAAACUGGCUGCUACAGAGGUGGAUGCAAAGCUGAUUCGGGAGUCGCUGAAGGAAACUAUGCAGAAACAUGCAGAGGAGUUAAAGAAACAGGAAGAAAGGGUAAAGGGAAGAGACAAGCACAUUAAUAACCUGAAAAAGAAAUGCCAGAAGGAAACUGAACAAAACAGGGAGAGACAACAGAGAAUCGAGACCCUGGAACGAUACCUGGCUGACUUACCAACUCUCGAGGACCACCAGAAACAGAGUCAGAAGCUGAAGGAAUCUGAACUGAAGAGCACAGCUAUGCAGGAAACGGUGCUGGCACUGGAAACAGAGCUUGGAGAUGUCCGGACUGCUUUCAGGGAGCAAGAAAUGCAGCUAGAAACCCAAAAACACAAGGAGCUGGAGCUUCUUUCCACUGUACGCAGCUUGCAGGACAAGGUGCAGCAGUGUGUAAAGAAUGCUGAGAGAGGACCCCCUGCCCAGGAUGGGGAGAGACACAAAAUAGAAAAUGACUCUCUGAAGAAAGAAUGCGACUGCCUCAGGAAGAUUGUGGACAAGCAGCAGAAGAAGAUGGAGCAAUUGUCCUUGCAAGUAAAGAACCUGGAAGAGCAGGUGGGCCAGGAAGAGGGGACAAGCCAAGCUCUGAAAGAGGAGGCGAUGAGAAGAGAAAACGUGCUGCAGCAGCUCCGGACUGCUGUGAAAGAGCUUUCAGUGCAGAACCAGGAUCUCAUCGAGAAGAACCUGACCCUUCAGGAACGACUCCGUCAGGCAGAGCUAACGACCCAGCCACUGCCUGCUGAGACAGCCCGCCUCGCCCAGGAACUGCACAGCGAGCUGGCCAGUUGUCUGCAGGAUUUGCAGUCUGUCUACAGCAUCGUCACUCAGAGGGCUCAGGGCAAAGAUCCCAACCUCUCUCUGCUCCUGGGCAUUUGCUCUGUGCAGUAUUCUGCUAAGGAGAAGGAUGACUUGCUGAGCCCUGAUGCACUUGCCAAGAAACUGGUGGAGGUGAAACAGCUUCACAAAGAGGUAGAGGACUUAAGGACGUCAAUAUCUGACAGAUACGCUCAGGACAUGGGAGACAACUGCAUCACCCAGUAAAGAGCAUACCCCAAAGUAAGCCAAGAACUGAAGACUUGAAACCCUCAGGAGUCUAAAGCUCCUACAACCCAAAACCUAUUCAGCACUUUACCAUCCUUUUGCUCGGGUACAAGAGGUGUGACUUACCCAAUCUUUGAGAAAUCAGGGGGUUUGUUGCCAGAAGUGUUUAGCUGCUGACUGGCUAACUGGAAUCGUUCAGGGCUUCGGUGUCAGACUUUGCAGUAGUUUUGAUCUUGUGGAAUGCAUUUGUGCUGUGUUUGCUGGAGCUGGUGUGGUCUCUGAUGCUGGGAGAUGAAUUCUAAAUUGCCUUACGGGCAUGUCAAAUGCUGAACAUGCAAAUGUGACAGUUAAAAUCAUCACUAAAAGGAAAUGUAUGCCCUGGUCUUUUCUGAUAAAUUCUCGGUGCAGAUCCUGUGUGACCAGUAAGACCAGAGGAUUAUCAGGGUGCUCAAGGGCUCUUUGUGGACUUCACGGGCAAGCAGGUGUGCCAGUUACACCACUGCUAAUUACACCAGGGUGCUACAGGCUCCUCAGAUCCUCUGCACACAGGUCUGGCUUGGUGCUUGGUGGCCGUCCAUGGAGCAGGACCCGCUUUCCUCGGGUAAAUAUGACCCGAGUCUUUCAGUAGCCAGCAACAGUUGGGGAAUAAAGCAACGCUAAAAGACUCUGAAAACGCUCCCCCUGGGCACUGUUACCCCAGAAGCCUUAAGCCUUUUAUCCCCCCCAAAAUAGCACUGUGCGCAUGAGUGUGACUCAGGCUGCAGAGGAAGUGAAUUGAUGCUGAAGUGCCUUAAUGUGCUGGAGAAACAUUCUGUCCCCACGCUGCUUCGUGCCUAAUGCAUCUGCUGGCAGCAUGAGGAGCUGCUGUUUCUUGUAGCAGCCUUUAGAGCCAUCGCAAACAAUCCUGGGGAGCUUGGGACAUCUGUAGCCUCUGUGCCUGGGACCCCGCCGUGGGCCAGUGGGGAGACUCGCCUUGGCUUGCUGCUUGGGUGGGAGGAAGGAAGCUGUUCUGGUUCUAACAGGGCAGGGUGGUGGAGCUGGAUUGGAGAGCUCUUCUGAUUCCAGCAAGGCAGUGUCUGCUUGGGCUUUGGUGUAGCCCUGCCCCUUGUUCUCUGGGAGCUCCCUGCUCCUCUGUUAAAUAACAGGAUUUCUAAAUAAAUCAAAAUGGGAUGCGGUUCACUUUCACAAUUCUCCUUAACCUUAGUGGGCAACUUUACAAUACAGAUUGCUUGUGAUAACACCGUGGUGCUGAGGGUGGAAUUUUUCUGGUUUUCAGCACGAUAUACUAAGUUAUAUAACGGGAGGAAAUACUGCUGAAACUUACGCUGUUUGGUUGCUCUUGGUUCGUGUUGGGACUGUGAGCCCUAGGGUUGGAAGAAAUGCUUUUGUUAUUGCUUUGUGUUACAAUUUAAGACCAAAUCUGUUUUGUUCUUAGUGCUUGGCCACCACAGGUGAUGGUGGCAACAAACUGGUUAGUUUGCUGUCCCAAGCUCCCCCCUGCACAGCACUGGGAGAGCGUGGCAGUGUCUGCAGGGUGGCCACCUUCUGCCCUGUUCUCUGUGUCACGUUUCUGUUCCCAGGUUGUUGAAGCUGUGUAUUAAGUUUAAAUGUGGGCCAAGAUUGUUUCUUUGAGUCAUUUGUCCUGGGUGCUGGGAGCUUUUCAAACGCUGGGAUGCAGAGCAGCACCACCUCUGGAAGUCACUCCCUUCUGUGGGUUUGCAGGGUGCUGGUUGGCACCCUCCCCUUUCCCUGCAUUCUCUUUGGGGUGUAAAAUCUAGUUCCCAGGUGCUGUGUGGGGACAUGAUUGCCCCAGAGCUGUCUGCGAAAUGAGAUCACAGUGGGAACCACCUCAGCUGGUGCCUGGAGCCUCACGCCUGGCUCAGCAGCUGGGCUGCCCAGGUUGCAUCUUCC